CUAAAUGUGGUCAAAAGGGUAUUGUGUCUUCAUCAUGGUACAUCACGUAUUGUCAUAAAAUUAUCUUAAUUACUACUUUCGAUAUCAAGUAGUCACGAAUAAUGACGAAAUUAUUUUGAUCAAGACUUCAAGGAAAUUGAAAGAGCUAAUAACAACGCUUCACUCCACUAUUUAUAAAUGUGGUCAAAAGAGUAUAUCGUGGCUACAUCUAUUCCUUGUCCACUCCGCAGGAACAAUUCGUCACCCAUUCGAACGUUUAUGUCAAUAUCCUGAAGACGUUGAAAGCUCAUUGAAUGACUAUUUCAGCUUCAUAAUCUAGCUGUGGCAAGAAAACACUUUGCUCUCAUAGGAUAGCUGAGUGAACAUCGAAUAGGAGGGAAUGUGACUUUUAUUGGCUGAAUUUAAAAAAUCUACAGAUUUGUAAACACUUUCAUCUUUUGCCUGAUCAUCAAGAUGUUUGGAAUGACCCAGAAUGGAAUAAGGUUUGCGAAUGAGACGAACGCCACUUUAUCUUGGACUUGGGCUCCAUUAGUCUGGGGAUGGCGGGAGGUCUUCCAGCUGUUCCUGGCCCUGGCAGGCAUCAUCGGUAACUUCCUGGUGAUGGUGGUUCUCUUCCGGGUCAGGAGGUCACGUUGCUCAACGGAUACCCUGAUCGCCGGCUUAGCUCUAGCCGACUUCCUCACCUCGGUUUUCAUCAUACCGCAUAGACAGGUAAAGACCCUUCCAGAUACUGCAUCCGCAAACCUCUACUGUCGGAUCAUCCACUCUUCAUUCUUCAUGUGGGUUGCCAUCUCAGCGUCUAUCUUCACGCUCACCACAAUAUCCCUUGAGAGACUUGUUGCAGUCGUUCGGCCAUUCCAAUUCAGACGCAUCUUCUCCCCGGAUCGGACAUUGAUGAUCAUUGCGGGUAUUUGGAUUACGUCUUUUCUAAUCAACAUCGUCAUUGUAUUCAUCGUCUAUUUCGAAGACGGCUCAUGUGAGUUCGGAUAUCCGUCUCGUUGGUUCGGCAAGUUUAAUGGAAUCGCUGUCUUCUUGGUCGAGUACGUUUUCCCUGUCACCACGAUGCUGAUUGCUCAUGUCUUCACCGUCAGAGCUCUCCGCAAAAGCUCCCGCACCAAUGUCAGCAAUGAAAGUCAAGACUUCAUCCUUAAAGCCAGGCGAAAGAUCAACAGGAUGAUACUCGAAGUCAUCAUCGUCUUCAUCAUCUCCUGGACACCCGAUCAGGUAUUAUAUUUCGCUAUCAACGUCGGGCUCAUCGACAACAGCUAUCUCUACAGCCCUGUCUACCGGUCUUUCGUCGUCCUAGCUUUCGUCAACUCGUGCGUCAAUCCGGUGAUCUAUGCCGCAAGAAACCCGAACUUUCGAAGAGCACUUAUGGAUCUCUGUGGAUCCGUCCGGAGUUUGAGGCCUAUCUUUGCUGGUGUUGAGACCAGAGAUAGUCAGAUGAGAAUGCUUGGGGAGGAGACACCUUCGGGUCCAAACGACGACAUGUCAUCACGCAAUGAUUGAAGAGACUCCCAUGGAAUUUAUCAAUAGUUUAUCCCGAUUUCAAAAUGAUGAACCAUUUAUAUAUUUCUAAUAAAUAUGACCGGAUGGGGUUGUAUUUUGGGCAAUGACUUAUCCUCUAUUCAAGACUAUUAACACCUAUUUUGGUCUAUCGUAAGUAAACAGGUGGCCGAAGCCAAAACAUUCAACUGUCACCCACAUCUAAUACUAUAAUUAUGUACAGGGGCGGCGGAAACCGGGAUUGUUUUUCUUCUUAAAAAUAAAUAGAAUAUUUUUUUUUUCAAAAUUAAGUAUGCCCCUUGCAAAGUAACAUUGCUUUUAUUCUGCACAUUUUCGUCAAAGUUGAUUCUCUUGUCUGUUAUAGGCCUUUAUUUUCAUUUUAUUUUAUUUUUCAUUCAUUUUUAAAAGACAUCAUUUGGUGAAUUGUAUUCACUGACAAUUUUAUGCCUAUAUACGGGCAUCAUUUGGCAUCUUAUCUCAAUGCCCUCACGUGGUAGCGAUAUUAGGCCCUCCUAUAAUUGUUAGCCCCACUGCCCCCUCCCUCAUUUUAUUUGAACGCAAAUAACUGCAUACUUUUUAAGUUAAACAUUCCUUCUGUUUGAUUGUGCCCAAAUAAUAAUAAUAAUAAUAUGCAACAUUUAUAUAGCGCUUAAUACAAAUGUUUCUAAGCGCUGCAUCCUA